AUGGCACUGCCAGGGAUUAGGAUUUGGACGCGAUACCGAGUGAGCGCGGUGCGGUUCAGCCGCUUCGACGAUUCUCGCAUCCUUGUCGGCACGCGGGAUCGCUUCAACAGGAGCCAUGGCCUCCACGUCCUCCAACUCUCCCCCACCCCGUCGGGCGGCGGCACCGUCGACGAGCUGGCCACCUUCGACACCUUGUACGGCGUCAACGACUGCUGCUGGUCCCAGUCACAACGGUCCCUAGCCGUCUCCGCAUUGACCGAUGGCAGCGUGAAGGUGUGGGACACAUCACUGCCACCCGCAGCAAAUCCGGUGGGCAUCUUUCGCGAGCACAUUGACCAAGUCCGCUCCGUGGACUGGAACCCCGCCGACGAUUGCUUCCUCUCCGCCUCAUCGGACGCUACAAUCAAGUUCUGGGUCCCUGACCGCAACAACAGCUACUACACCUUCCAGGAGCACUUGGAUAGGGUUAACGCCGUCGCCUGGAACGACAUCCAACCUCACGUCUUCGCCUCUGCCUCCGACGACCACACCGUCGGCCUCUGGGACAUCCGCGACAACAGGUUUCUCACCCGCAUCCCUGUCAACCACCCUGGCGGACUCGUCUCCUGCAACUGGAAUAAGUACAGCGAGUUCCACUUAGCCACCGCCUCCGGCACUUCCAUCAACGUCUGGGACGUCCGGACGACCCAGAUGCCCCUGGUCGACUUCAGCAGCCACAACCGCAAUGUUUGCCGCAUUUGCUUCUCCCCCCAUCGGGCCAACAUGCUCCUCUCCUGCUCCGUCGACCACACCGUGCGAGCGUGGGAUACCCAGGCGCAGGCCUCCGUCGCGAGGUACGACCUCCACGACGAUUCCGUCUACGGGAUCGACAUGAGCGUGCACAUCGAGGACCUGAUCGCCAGCGCUGGGCGGGACAAGCUGGUCAAUAUCUGGCGGGCCUCCCCACGCCAACACCUCCUGCAUUCCCCUUGA